AUGUGCCCCCAUGAGGAUUCCUUCCAACCCUCGCAGUUCCUACUGCUUGUGGGGGUCCUGGUGGCAAGUGUCCUCCUCUUGGUCCAGUGUCUUCGAUGGCACUGUUCUCAUUGGCUGGUGGGAACCUGCCAGAAGUCAGAUGGUGAACAGGACCCAGUGUCCCAGCCCACUUCCCUGCCAGAAAAUGAGCCUUCGAUCCAGUGCCCACCAGCCACACUGGCAGAGAUGGCUGCCUUCUACCAGGAGCUGAGCAUGCCCACUCAAGGCCAGACGGUCAUCCGCCAGCUGAUGCAUAAGCUGUUGGUGUUCUCUGCUCGAGAGGUGGACCACCGUGGUGGCUGCCUGAUGCUCCAAGAUACCGGCAUCUCCUUGCUUGUUCCUCCAGGUGCUGUGGCCGUGGGCCGCAAGGAGCAUGUGUUUCUGGUCCUGGUUUGGGACCUGUCAGAUGCCCCUUCUCUGUCCCGGGCCCAAGCAUUGGUGAGUCCCGUGGUGGCGUGUGGCCCCCAUGGGGCCUCCUUCCUGAAGCCCUGCACCCUCACAUUCAAGCACUGUGCUCAGCAGCCAAGCCACGCGCGCACUUAUAGCAGCAACACGAACCUGCUGGACGUCAAGGCCUGGAGGCCCCUGGGGCGGCCAGGUGCCAACACCUCCAGGGACGAGUGCCGCAUCCACCUCUCCCACUUCAGCCUCUACACCUGUGUGCUGGAGGCGCCUUUGGGGCGCGAGGCCCGCAAAUGGCUGCAGCUGGCCGUGUUUUGCUCGCCCCUGGCGCCCGGGCAGUCCCACCUGCAGCUGCGCAUCUACUUCCUCAACAACACACCCUGCGCCUUGCAGUGGGCGGUGACCAACGAGCAGCCCCAUGGUGGGCGCCUGCGCGGGCCCUGCCAGCUCUUCGACUUCACAGGAGCCCGUGGGGACCAGUGCCUGAAGCUCAAGUACAUCUCAGAGGGUUGGGAGAAUGUGGAUGACAGCAGUUGCCAGCUGGUUCCCCAUCUCCACAUCUGGCAUGGAAAGUGCCCCUUCCGCUCCUUCUGCUUCCGGAAGAAAGGUACCAGUGAGAGUGAAGACUGCUCGGCACAAACCAAUGAGAUCAUCGUUACCAUGCACACCUUCCAGAAUGGCUUGGAGACCAAGUACAUGGAGAUCCUCAGGUUCCAGGCAUCAGAGGAGGAAUCCUGGGCAGUGCCACCUCCAGUCUCCCAGCCACCCCCCUGCAACAGGCUGCCCCCAGAGCUCUUCGAGCAGCUGCAGAUGUUGUUGGAACCAAACAGCAUCACAGGCAAUGACUGGCGCCGACUGGCCUCCCACCUGGGACUCUGUGGCAUGAAAAUCCGGUUCCUGUCCUGCCAGCGCAGCCCCGCAGCCGCCAUCCUGGAGUUGUUCCAGGAGCAGAAUGGCAGCCUGCAGGAGUUACACUACCUCAUGACCUCCAUGGAGCGGCUGGACUGCGCCUCUGCCAUCCAGAGCUACCUGACCAGCAAGCAGAGUGAGGGUCUGGUCCCCACCCGGGGGCCAGGCCUGGAUAAUGAGGGCCUGGAACUUGACGAGAAGCUGUGA